AUGAAGAAAAACGCGCAAAUAAUAAUUUUCUUCCUCUUUGGAUUGCUGAGCUGUACAUGCGGAGCUGAAGGAAACGUCAACCCACCCAACAACAAUGGAAAUAAAGGAAACGGAAAUGAUAACAAUGUACCAACGUUCAUUGGAGGAAAUAACAAUAACGUGAACGAUAAUGGUGAUGACAUUUUUAAUAAAAAUGGAAAGGAUGUGUCCCGAAAUGAUGGUAAUCACGCGGAAAAUCCAAAUGACAAGAAAAACGAAAAUGGUAGCGGUUCAAAUGAGAAGAAUUCCGUAGAAAAUGCAGACAAUGGCAGCGGAAAAUCUGAUGCGAAUACCAACCAAAAUGGUGAAGAUGCAAAUAAAGUAGAUGAAGCAUCUUUAAAGAAAAUUCUCAAAAUUGUUGAUGAAAUGGAAAAUGUUCAAGGACUCCUGGAAGGAGAUUACAGCAUUUUGGAUAAGUACAGUGUGAAAUUAGUUGAUGAUGAUGAUGGAGAAACGAAUAAAAAAAAAAUGAUUGGAGAAUAUGACUUGAAGAUGUUAAAAAAUAUUUUAUUGUUCAGAGAAAAAAUUUCCCGAAAUUGUGAAAAUAAAUACAUUACAAUUUUACCAGAACUCCUUAAAAAAUGCUCAAAUGUAGAUGACCCCAAAUUAAGUAAAGCCAGUGAAAAGAUUAAAAAGGGAUUAACAAAAAAUAAUAUAAGUAUUGAAGAUUUUGUGAUAAGUAUGUUAGAAGAUUUAUUUGAUAAAAUUAAUGAAAAAUUUAUUAAAGAUUAUUCAUUUGAUUUAAAUGAUUAUCUAAUUGAUUUCGAACUCAUUAAUUAUAUUAUUAUGCAAGACACAUCGGAUUUGAUCAAUGAUCUUCUGAACAUGUUAAAGUCUAUGAAUUUCAAAUUGGAAUCUGCAUCCUUGGAUAAAAUGGUUAAAAAUGCACAAUCAGGAAUGAACUUAAAUUCCAAAAUGAAAGAAGACAUAAUUCAAUUACUUAAGAAAUCCUCUGCCAAAUUUUUUAAAAUCGAAAUUGAUAGAAAGACCAAGAUGAUAUACCCAGUACAAGUUACACACAAAGGUGCCACCAUGAAACAAUUCGCCCUUAACUUCCUUGAGAAAAAUAAUGUAUGUGAACAUAAAAAGUGCCCAUUAAACUCCAACUGCUAUGUCAUAGAUGGAGAGGAAGUCUGUAGAUGUCUACCCGGAUUUAGCGAUGUCAAAAUUGAUAAUGUUAUGAACUGCGUUAGAGAUGAUACCGUUGACUGUAACAACAACAACGGUGGUUGUGAUGUGAAUGCAACUUGUACUCUUAUAGAUAAGAAAAUUGUGUGUGAGUGUAAGGACAACUUUCAAGGAGAUGGAAUAUACUGCUCCUACAGCAUUUUUAACUCCAUCAACAAUUUCAUUUUCCUGAUUUUGUUGCUUUUGUGCUUGUAUCUGUUCUAA